CUUCAACGCGCAAAUGGCGGAAUCCUCCAAUGUCUCCGUCGUCCGAACCAGAUCGACUUUCCCACCAGUAGAACGACUGCCUGUCGUGACUCCGUUGACUCGUCCGAUUCGAUUGCUCGACAUCAUCGCUGGUGCUGUACUUCCCGUCGACUUCCUCGUCGACGUUCAAAUUACCUGUUUCAUCGACUGAAUAUUGCGUGGGUUGAGAGUAGUAGCCAUGAUGUGCGAAAGGAUCUUUCCAGAUAGCUGCUUUUGCUCGGGAUAUGCCCGAGGGUUUGCUACUCGCCUGACUCCUCGUCUGCGAAGACUUCGCUUGCGAUGAUUUUGCCUGCGAUGAUUUUGCCUGGGAGGAUUUUGCUUUUGAAGAGUUCGUGCGCCUACUCGCAAUGAUGGUUUUGAAGUUGAGGUAGCGCUUGGCGAAGACUUUCAUGGCGGGGAUGUUCGCGCACAUGAUGCCAACGUGAAGCUCGAGGAUUGUCCAGUUCCAGGUCUCCCACAGAUACCACGAAACAUCGUACGUUUCAAAGAAAAUGACGUAAGUCGAGUGAGUGCGUAGAGCGCCAAAAGCGGCCACCAUGUACGCAGUCGCGAAAAUGCCCACCAGGGCGAUCUUUUGUCGAAGUGGGAUCUGUGCUUUCCAGUAGAUCCAAUUUGGCAAAAGCGCAGUAAUGGCAUCCUGAACUGUAGAAACAAUACCAGCGACAAGAAAAGCGGAGCCCUCAUCGUUGCAAUCGUAUUCGAUUCCUUUUGCGAUGUUGAGGAUAUCUGACUGCUCCCAGUACGCAGAAAUGGGCCGACACCCCAGUAACGGAGCGAUGAAGAAAGCAAUUGUUGAUACGGCGGUGAAUGCAAUAGCUGCCCAAGUUGUGAUUCGGAAGGCUUUUGAGGUACCUCUCGAUCCUAGACGACGGAAGAAGAGGAGAAUGGAAAUUUUGAUAAGACCUGUCCCGAGGACAAAAAGGAUCUCGAUUGUUAAGAUGAGCUUCCUUUGGACCGUGAAUAAAGUCAGGUCGACAUCCCAUAUAUGUACUCCGCUGUGA